AUGACUCAAUGUGAGGACCUGGGAAUGCAUCUUGUCUUCAUCGAGUCGCGAGAGGAACAAAAUUUCUUGCGAUCGAACCUCUACUACUACAACGACUACUGGAUUGGCAUCUCACCAAUAACCUGGUUGAAUGGCUCAACAGCCACCUUCACCAAUAUCCAUUAUGAGUAUACUGAGUUUACACAUGGAGGGCAGUGCUUCCAAGUGGAAUGGAGUUUCGGAUGGGAGGACACCGACUGUUCCAACAUGCACUAUUUUAUUUGCGAGAAACAUGAAGAGAUCGGACCCGACUGUGGACCAAGUGACCUGAGAUUCUCACACUCCUGCUACGUCUUUCACGAAACAAAGUCCACCUUCUCCUCUGCAAAACUGUCGUGCGAAAGUGUUCCUGGACGGCAUCUCGUCUUCAUAGGGUCUAACGAGGAACAGGAAUUCCUGGAGGCGAAUCUUCCAAACGACGGGGAAGGGUAUUGGAUAGGAUUAUCUAGUGUAACCUGGUUGGAUGGGUCUGGUCUGACGUACAACAACUUUGGCGGGCCAUACAUUUCCUGCUUCAAUAAUGACGGGGAUAAAUUUCGUCUGGUAAAGGGUUCUCGAGAAUGGCAUGACACGUGGAAUGACGAUUUCCGUUUCAUUUGUGAGAGGGACUUACCUUGUAGUGGAACCUUGAUGAAUGAAGUAGAGCAAAGUGGUUCCUGUUACUUCUUCUCUUACUAUGUGAGGAACUUCUUCUACGCUGACGAUUUCUGUAAGUCCCAUGAGAUGAAUCUGGUGUCGAUUGGAUCACAGGAAGAGCAAGACUUCCUGGUCACUCAUCUUGAUGAUAACGAAGACUAUUGGAUUGGUUUGCGUGGCAUAUCCUGGCUUGAUGGCACAUCUCUUGUCUAUAAUAACUUUCCAUAUAACGUUUCUGCUUUUGACGACGAAGGUCGCUGCUUCUUUAUGCAUCCAAUCGAUCUGCCGUGGUACGACGAGAGCUGUUCGGCUAGCAGCCAUUACGUUUGUGAAAAAGAAAUCGGUAAGCCGUAUGUAUUAUAA